AUGGCACAGCUCUUCCAGAAAGAUCCGCGUAAUGCGGGUCUCUUCAUUGGCGGCGAGCGUCUCUCUGGCGCCGAGAUCCGCAACCAAAAUGUCCUCGCUGCGCAGUCGAUUGCCAACAUUGUCAAGUCCUCGCUCGGGCCCGUCGGUCUCGACAAGAUGCUCGUGGACGAUAUCGGCGACGUCACCAUCUCCAACGACGGCGCCACCAUCCUUUCGCUUCUUGAAGUCGAUCAGCCCGCAGGGCGCAUCUUGGUCGAGUUGGCGCAGCAGCAGGACAAAGAGGUGGGCGACGGCACUACCUCUGUCGUUAUCAUCGCCGCCGAACUCUUGCGCAGAGCCAACGAGCUGGUCAUGAACAAGAUCCAUCCUACCACCAUCAUCACCGGCUACCGUCUUGCGUGUCGAGAGGCAUGCAAGUAUCUCCAGGACCAGCUCUCUACCAAGGUCGAGACGCUCGGCAAGGAGUCGCUCAUCAACGUCGCAAAGACCAGCAUGUCGAGCAAGAUCAUCGGCGCCGAUGACGACUUUUUCGCACAGAUCGCCGUCGACGCUAUGCUCGCCGUGAAAACCAUCAACCCACGCGGAGAGACCAAGUACCCCGUCAAGGCGGUCAACGUGCUCAAGGCGCACGGCAAGUCGGCGCGCGAGUCGCUCUUCAUCAACGGAUACGCGCUCAACUGCACCGUCGCCUCGCAGGCUAUGAAGACGCGCGUCCGCAACGCCAAGAUCGCACUGCUCGAUAUCAAUCUCGUCAAGCAACGCAUGCACCUCGGCGUACACAUCACCAUCGACGACCCUGAUCAGCUCGAGAAGAUCCGUGCUCGAGAGAGCGAGAUUGUGCUCGAGCGCGUCCGCAAGAUCCUGGCUUCGGGUGCCAACGUCAUCCUCACCACCAAGGGUAUCGAUGAUCUGUGCCUCAAGGAGUUUGUCGAGGCAGGUGCUAUGGCGGUGCGACGAUGCCGCAAGGAGGACCUGCGCAGGAUCGCAAAGGCGACCGGUGGCCAACUUGUCAGCAGCUUGAGCAACUUGGAAGGCGAAGAGACCUUUGAGGCCAGCAGUCUCGGUCUCGCCGACGAGGUGGCUCAGGAGCGUAUCAGCGACGACGAGCUUAUUCUCAUCCGCGGCACCAAGACCGUCAGCUCGAGUUCGAUUGUCCUUCGCGGAGCCAACGACUACCUGCUCGACGAGAUGGAGCGCGCGCUUCACGACAGCUUGUGCGUCGUCAAGCGCACCCUCGAGAGUGGCUCCGUCGUGCCCGGUGGUGGCGCCGUCGAGUCGGCGCUCAGCAUCUACCUGGAAAACUUUGCUACGACGCUGGGCAGCCGAGAGCAGCUCGCCAUCGCCGAGUUUGCCCAGGCGCUCCUCGUCAUCCCCAAGACGCUCGCGGUUAACGCAGCCAAGGACAGCACCGACCUGGUGGCCAAACUGCGUGCCUACCACAAUGCUGCACAGAACGCCAACGCGGGUGACCCCAAGAAGGCGCUGCGCUUCUACGGCUUGGAUCUGCUCAACGGCCAGGUCAGGGACAACCUCAAGGCGGGCGUGCUCGAACCCACGGUGAGCAAGGUGAGGAGCUUCAAGUCGGCGCUCGAGGCUGCGACGAGCUUGCUCCGUAUCGACGAUGCCAUCACCAUUGCUCCUGAACAGCCACCUGAGGAUCCUCACGCUCACAUGUAA